CGACGUAUUGCCUAUCAACGAUAUUAUAUUGCUAUAUUAUUUGGUGCAAUUUUGCAGUUAUGUAUGAUUUAUAGCGUCUGUAGGGAUAUGUUAGCUGUUGAGGUUCGAUUUACCUUUUCUUGGCGUAAUAUAUUAGCAGAUGGUUUAAACACGGUUUCAAAUCGUCACCUUGACGUCAAAUGGCGCGACAUAAAUAAGCUUCAUAUUUGAUUAACACCAAACAUCUAUAGAGCUUAAACCUCGAAUCUCAGAUCCAAACCUUCUUCUCACCUCCAGUCUUCACGAGUCCCACUUUCGGACCAUUUAGCGACGAAAUCACGUUGGAAAACCCACGUCACCGCCAUCUCACCUCGCCCACAUCUUAAAUCGCCACCUGUCACAGUGAACCUGCCAUUGCAUUCUCACACCACAGAAAUAAACUUUCAAAACGCGACGGCCCAGCCCGGCCCAGCUAAAGACCACCAUGUCAGUCCCCGCAGAUGUCCGCCCAGACAGCCUCCAGGCCGACCUCCUCCGCCAUGGCCUCCCCCAUGACCUUAUCCACCAAGUCACCGCCUAUGUCAAGUCCUACAUGGCCCCCUACGAUCGCUCCCACGACUUUGCACACGUCCUCCGUGUCCUGGGGCUUUCGCAAAUUCUGUGCGCCCAGGACCCCGCUCGCUACGACCGCGUCACCACCAUCCUCGCUGCCCUCCUCCACGACGUAGGCGACAGGAAGUACCUUCUCCCCCACCAGGACAGCGCCACGAUGGUACGUGAUGUGCUCCUCUCUUUCGGCUCCACAGACGAGUUCGCCGAUAAGGUCCAGACUAUCGCAUCAGCUGUGUCGUAUUCCUCGGAGGUCAAGGAUCCGCAGGUCGUGCGGGAUGUUAUUGCUAAAUACCCGGAGCUGGAGGUCGUGCAGGAUGCGGAUCGCUUGGAUGCUAUUGGUGCGAUCGGGAUUGGGAGGGUGUUUACGUUUGGGGCCGCGAAGGGGAGGGGGAUGGAGACUUCGCUGGAUCAUUUCGAGGAUAAGCUGGUGAAGGUGGCGGGGAUGAUGAAGUCGGAGUUGGGGGGGAAGAUGGCUAGGGAGAGGACGAAGAUACUUCUGGCGUUUAGGAAGAUGUGGGAGGGGGAGGUGAGCGAGGCGGAGGCGGGUUUGGAGGGUUUGAAGGAGAUUAUUGGGUGAGGGAGUUCGAGUCUGGGGACAGGGUGAGGUUAAUGCAUGACGUAUGGCUAGGGGGGAUGGUAGAUGUAUGCGGCGUGUUGAUGCGGCAAAGUGUGGAAUAUUCGCCCCGUCUCCCGAUAAUAGGUAGUGAGAGGCAAUUUGCAUUUGGGCUAGAGCACCCAUGUAGAUUUCUGCACCUUCUGACACUAUCUAAUGAAAAAAGGAAUGCUUCUCGGCGUCCUCAUAUUAUAUUCUGACAGGAAACUAUCAGCGUAUGCGGGAACCUAGUUAUUUUGCACUAAUAUAAUCACAUUGAACAGGGG